AUGCCCGUCCCCAUGCAUUCGCACAAUGAUAUAGAAGAUGGCGAGCUAGUACGUCAGACAUCAGCGAUGAACAUCACCGAAGAGUCAUGGUUGGAGAGCACCGAAAAGCUCGACAAGGUCCAAAACCUCAAGGAAGUUUGCCUCGGCAAUUGUCGCCUUCUUUACGACAUCGUGAUCUGCGAGGACGAGGACACUAAAAAGUUCGCGGCUAUCUUGACCUGCAACCACGAUUGCCAAACGAAGCUUUUGCGCACCGAACUGAGCUCGUGUCCUGUCGUGGCUGUCCGUACUCUCGUAGACGGUCUUCAGAAGGACACGGCCAAGCUCUUCUUGAAGUACGCUGUAGGUUCUCAGAUACGAGGCCAACAGGGAUAUACCGAUGUGGAAACCGGAAAGUUUGUGUUGUGGGACAUGGCACAUGACAACCGCAUCCGCGGUCCUAACGAUGAUACCCAGGGACUUCUGCGAAGCUGGAGCGACGCACCGGGCGCAGAAGGUCGACCUCCAUCCGGUCCUCGCGGCGAUGGCUACUACAGCCGGAAUAACAAGCGUAUGCGACCGGUCGAGCGUCCAGUCGAGCGACCGGAGAAGCUCAUGCCUGAGACGGAAAUUGUCGACCUUGAUUACUAUGACUAG